CACGUUUCCCCAACCGUGUCUCUCUUUAUCUCUCUGUCUCUCUCUCAUAAUCAGAGACCAAAGGAACCAAACCCAUAAGCGCAAGACCUUCAAAUCUCUCCUCUUCUCUCUUAUACCAUUUAUCUCUUAAAUCAAAACCUAUAAAAGAAACUUGGUUUCGAAAUCUUCCCUCUCUCUGCCUCUAAUUUUCCCUCUAAUAUCUCCCCUGCUUAUAAAUUUUUGCAAAAUUUUUUUUAAUUUGAUCCUGAAACUAACAACCCUAGAUUGUAAUAGAUCAAAAACUGGAAUUUUUUUGAGCAUAGAUCUAAAAUUUUAUAGAUCGGAUUAGUUUAGGGAGAACCCAAAUCGUUGAAAUCUUUAAAGCUUAAUCCAUUCGAGUUAGGGUUGCGAUCGAGCUUAGCUGUGAGAAUUUAUAAAAAAAAAAAGGGAUUUUUUGUGGGAGGAAUAUUGGGGUGGUGAGGAACAUAAAAGGACAUGGCAGAACAAGGAGGCUUGGAAGGCAGCCAGCCUGUGGAUCUUUCCAAGCACCCUUCUGGCAUUGUUCCCACGCUUCAGAACAUAGUUUCAACAGUGAACUUAGAUUGUAAGCUGGAUCUCAAGCAAAUUGCACUGCAAGCACGUAAUGCAGAAUACAACCCAAAGCGUUUUGCUGCUGUCAUCAUGAGAAUAAGGGAACCAAAGACAACUGCAUUGAUUUUUGCAUCUGGGAAGAUGGUGUGCACUGGUGCUAAAAGUGAAAGUCAGUCAAAAUUGGCAGCAAGGAAGUAUGCUCGAAUUAUCCAAAAGCUUGGGUUUCCUGCCAAGUUUAAGGACUUUAAGAUUCAGAAUAUUGUUGGUUCCUGUGAUGUAAAGUUUCCCAUCAGACUUGAAGGUCUAGCAUACUCUCAUGGUGCUUUCUCAAGCUAUGAACCUGAGCUCUUUCCAGGCCUAAUUUAUCGCAUGAAACAACCAAAGAUUGUGCUCCUUAUUUUUGUCUCAGGAAAAAUUGUUAUCACGGGAGCCAAGGUAAGGGAUGAAACUUACACAGCCUUUGAGAAUAUAUACCCUGUCCUUACUGAGUUCAGGAAGGUCCAGCAAUGAUGAUACAUAUUUGAGAUGGGGCAAUGAGAGCCAUUGCGGAUGGACCAAGGAUGGGGGUGGUUUCAAGUGUGUGCAUAAGUGGAAUGGAUUCAGAAGUUAUGGCUUUUAAGCCUGUGCAUCUGUUCCUGUGAUCUUUUUACCUGUGGAUAAGUUUGGCUUUGGGUCUCUUUCCCUCCCCAGGUGGAUAACAUGACAGCUGAACAUGCCGCUGUGUAAUUUGUAAUUAGUGAUUCGCAAGGAUUGUUUGGGGAGGAGAAGAUGUUAAAGAACAUUAUACUUUUUCUUUAAAUUUGAUAUGGAUUAUUCUUGGACGUUUUUAAUGUCGAAGAUGUAGUUUCAAUUUUGCUGGAAAUGACCCUAUUUUGUACUUUA